UUCAGAGAAUUCAAGCUCGCUCACACAAUGAUGUUUGCAAUAGAUGAGAUAAACAAAGCCACAGAUAUUCUUCCCGGAGUAACACUGGGUUACAUGAUUUACAAUAAGUGUGGAUCCACAGACAUACUUAGAGCAGCAAUGACAUUGGUAAAUGGUGUGGAGAAAUCCCAAAUAUCAGAAAACUGCACCAAACCACAGACAGUCCAAGCAAUUAUUGGACAUUCCGGAUCAACACCAACUAUGAGUUUUGCACGGAUUGUUGGAAGAUUUUAUAUACCGGUGAUCAGUCAUUUUGCUACAUGUGCUUGCUUGAGCAAUAGAAAAGAAUAUCCCUCCUUCUUCAGAACUAUUCCUAGCGAUUACCAUCAGAGCAGAGCGCUGGCCCAGCUGGUCAGACACUUUGGCUGGAUGUGGGUUGGAGCGUUAAGCAAUAAAAAUGAUUACGGAAUAAACGGGAUAACCACAUUCAUUACGGCUGCUCAUGAAGAGGGAGUGUGCAUUGAGUACACUGAAGCCUUCGAAAGUACUGGUCCAUACAACGAAAUACUGAGAAUAGUGAAUAUUAUCAAAAGCUCCACAUCAAAGGUAAUAAUGGCCUUCAUGUCACACAGAGAGAUCAAGAUGCUGGUCGAGGAAUUAUACAGGCAGAACAUUACAGGUCUGCAGUGGAUUGGAAGUGAUGCUUGGAUCACAGAUGAUUCACUUGCAGACGGCCCAGGCCACACUCUGCUCGUCGGGUCUGUAGGAUUUACUGUCCGCAACGCACAGAUCCCUGGACUAGGCCCUUUUCUACGAGAAGUCCAUCCCUCUCAGUUCCCUAACAGCACGUUUCUCAGAGAAUUCUGGGAGUAUGUCUUUGACUGCUCUUUGACUCAGAGUAAGGUAAAAAUGAGCUGUAACGGGUCAGAGCACCUGCGUGAUGUGCAGAACUCCUUCACUGAUGUAACUGAUUUAAGGAUCUCUGAUAAUAUAUAUAAAGCUGUUUAUGCAGUGGCCCAUGCGAUCGAUAACUUGCUUUCAUGUGAGCAAAACAAAAGCUCAACUUCUAAUGCCUGUCUAAAGCUUAAUCAAAUAAAGCCAUGGCAGGUCUUAAACGUCUUGCAAUUGGUCAAUUUUACCACACCCAGUGGUGAAAAUUUCUUUUUUGACAACAACGGAGAUUCCCCAGCGAAGUAUGAGCUGAUCAAUCUGCAAAGUGUUAAUAAAGGAAAAAUGAAGGUCCAAACCAUAGGCUACUAUGAUGCAUCUUUGCCUAAAGGUCAGCGUUUCUCCAUGAACAAUGUUCUGAUAGUCUGGAGAGAAGAAAGUAACGGGGUGCCUGUGUCUGUGUGCAGUGAAAGUUGUCCUUCUGGAACUAGGAAGGCUGUGCAAAAAGGACGACCUGUCUGCUGUUAUGACUGUAUUCCAUGUCCACCAGGAGAGAUCAGUAACAGAACAGAUUCCAUUGCUUGCCUCAAAUGCCCUUUUGCACAAUGGUCAAAUACAAGAGGAGACGCCUGCAUCCCAAAAGAAGUUGAAUUCUUGUCAUAUGAUGAAAUAAUGGGAAUACUUCUAGCAUUGUUUUCAUUAGUUGGGGUUUUUUUCACAAUAGUAACCAUGCUUAUUUUCUACACCUACAGAAGUACACCUAUUGUCAGAGCCAACAACUCAGAGCUGAGCUUCCUGCUGCUCUUCUCAUUGACUCUGUGUUUUCUCUGUUCACUUACUUUCAUUGGUCGCCCCACUGAGUGGUCCUGUAUGUUACGUCACACAGCGUUUGGGAUCACUUUUGUCCUCUGUAUCUCAUGUGUACUGGGAAAAACAAUAGUUGUGAUAAUGGCCUUAAAAGCCACACUUCCAGGAAGUAAUGUCAUGAAAUGGUUUGGGCCUGUACAACAACGUCUUACUGUUCUUGCCUUUACACUUAUACAGGUUCUUAUCUGUGUGCUUUGGUUAACAGUCUCUCCUCCCUUUCCCUUUAUGAAUUUAAAUCAUUAUCAAGACAAAAUCAUUCUAGAAUGUAAUUUAGGUUCAGCUGUAGGUUUCUGGGCUGUGUUGGGUUAUAUUGGUCUUCUGGCUGUCAUCUGCUUUGUUUUAGCUUUCCUUGCACGGAAACUACCUGAUAACUUUAAUGAAGCUAAAUUGAUCACUUUUAGUAUGCUCAUAUUCUGUGCAGUUUGGAUAAGUUUUAUACCGGCUUAUGUAAGUUCACCAGGAAAGUUUAUUGUAGCUGUGGAGAUAUUUGCCAUUUUGGGCUCCAGCUAUGGUUUACUGUUCUGUAUUUUCUUGCCAAAAUGCUAUAUAAUUUUACUGAGACCUGAAUUUAAUACUAAAAAGCUUGUCAUGACAAAAACAUUACAUUAA